GCGACGACCACCUCUCGAGCAUAUGCUGUGCCCCAACUCUACGACAUCUCUCCCACACUCGCGUCUGCAUCACCUCACACAAUCCAAGCGCACUUUGAAACACAAUAGCAUCGAACCGAGAAGCGCAUCGAUCGAGCACUCGACUCUUACCAUCUGUUUGGCGCAGAACAUUUCAAGAUGGAGGCCUGCCUCUCCAACUUUUCGCCCUCACAUGCCGAGGCCGGUCUGGCGCUAGGUGGAGGAGUAAAGGAUGAGGAAUCAUACGGCAUGGGAUCAAGCGGAGUCAACAGCUUUGCGCUUCCUGCCAGCGAUCCCGCGAGGUUCUUGUCCGCAUAUACCGAUGUGGACUCUACCAAUCCUCAAGCUAGAAUCAAAUUGAACCACGGUACCACCACGCUCGCCUUCCGCUUCAAGGGAGGCAUCAUCGUAGCUGUCGACAGUCGAGCUACGGCAGGUAGCUACAUCGCAUCGGGUACAGUCAAGAAGGUGAUCGAGAUCAAUCCUUACUUGUUGGGCACCAUGGCCGGUGGAGCUGCAGACUGUCAGUACUGGGAGACGUACCUGGGCAUUCAGUGCAGAUUACACGAGUUGAGGAACAAGGAGAGGAUCAGCGUAGCUGCCGCUUCCAAGUACCUGUCCAACCUGGUGUAUGGCUACAAAGGCAUGGGUUUGAGUAUGGGCACGAUGAUCUGCGGAUGGGAUAAGACGGGGCCUGCUCUUUUUUACGUCGACUCUGAGGGCUCUCGUUUGAAGGGAGACGUAUUCUCGGUAGGGUCAGGCAGCACGUUUGCAUACGGUGUCUUGGAUCAGCUAUACAGGUGGGAUUUGGAGGAUGACGAAGCUCAAGAGUUGGGCAGGAGGAGCAUCUACGCUGCUGCUCAUAGAGAUGCCUACUCGGGCAACAGCAUCAAUCUGUACCACGUGCGAGAGAAUGGCUGGGAGUUUAUCGCAAAUUACGACGCGACCAAGCUGCACUACGAUGGCCCAGGGGAUGUGCCAGGCGCGCCAGGUGGAGGUUAUGGCUGGGCAGUGAGGACGGAUGGACUGUCUUCGGAGCUCAAACCUACUGCUGAGCAAGAACAAGCUGGCGAUGUGGCUGGACAUGCGGGCAGCAGAGCUACGGAACAACCGCUCGAGGCUCAGAUCAGACCUGGUCAAGCCUAGUCUGGACGGAGGCGUCCGCGCUCAUGGCAGAGGAAGAAUGGUGCGCCGCUGACCGCUAGCUCUCGAAAAUGCGUUGCGAAUCCCAUAUUCUCCUAGUAUUGGCCUGGUCGGCGUGUGCCUUGGUCGUUGGUGAGAAACAAAGCUCUGCGCUGGCAUCGGGCCCACGUGCAACUCGAUGCCUUUGACAAGAGCGUGGCUGUGGCACGUCGCUUUGUGCGGCGGGGAGGGGGGAACAUUUCUAGAGAUGUGUGACGGAGAGUGGCGCGCAAAGCACGUUUUGUGAAAUGAUGGAGCACCCUUGGCAAUCACAAACGGG